GAAGUUUUAUUGCCCUUGAUCACCUCUGGGUCUAUGCCUGUGGACAGACCCAAUCCAGAAAGCUUUGCUCUGCAGACGAAUUCCCUUGCACUAGUGGCCAGUGCAUUGCCAAAGAAUCUGUCUGUGACUCUCGGCAGGACUGCUCCGAUGAGAGUGAUGAAGACCCAGCAACUUGCUCAAAGCAUCUCACCUGUGACUUUGAGUCGGGUUUCUGCGGUUGGGAGCCAUUUCUCACAGAAGAUUCCCACUGGAAGCUGAUGAAAGGAUUGAAUAAUGGAGAGCACCACUUUCCUGCAGCUGAUCACACAGCAAACAUAAAUCAUGGAUCGUUUAUUUAUUUGGAGGCACAGCGCUCCCCCGGGGUGGCCAAGCUUGGAAGUCCUGUUCUUACAAAAUUGCUCACUGCCUCUACCCCAUGUCAGUUAAUUUUGGAAGCUACUGUUUUGUCAUCAAAUGCUACCGUUGCUCUAGAUGACAUCAGUGUGUCCCAGGAAUGUGAAAUUUCCUAUAAAUCACUACCAAGGACCAGUACACAAAGCAAGUGUAAGUUUUCCCUUGUCGUUGUUGCUGUUUUAAACAUUGAAUUAAGCUCUUCUCAGUAUCAAAAUAUAAAAUGUAUUAGAGUCACGAAUACCUAAUACAGGGUGUGGAUUAUAUCACCUGUUCUUGAAACCUAAUAUAUAUAUAUAUUUUAAAAGGUAAACAACUGGUCUAGUCCUUAGGCCUCUCUUCCAGUAAUAUGGAAAAUAUUCUAUGCUUGCAGCUGAAAUUAUUGCAUCCAAAUAUUUUAAUUAUAAAUAUUAUGAAAAAAUUAUAAUUAUUUUGCAUAUUUU